AAGGCCUCCACUCCAUCAGCUCUUGCUUGGUCGCACCCAAAAGGAUCGAUCAGCGUGCAGUAUUCAGGGUCUCCAGCUGCACCGCUGCGUACACAGCCUUCCAACUGCGGCGUGUGCUCUUGUGACACCUAUAAAGAAGUGAUUGUUUCUCUUUCGCAAUCUGCUCGUCACAUAUCAACGCCAUCAUGGGUGCCUACGUAGCACUCACUCUACGAGCACGCGGCCUCGUCAGCAUCUUACUCGGAAUCUAUGGCGCAUUCUAUCCCAAGGAAUUCUUCAACUGGAUGAUCUCGCCUGGGUGGGAAGGAAGCCAUAGUUGCGACGCUACGUUGAAUAUUGCUCUCAACAGAGCCACCAUGCAGCAUGGCUGGCAGUUGGUAGUCAUCGGCGCGCUCUUCCUCUUGCUCGCCGGCGAGACGUCUCUCCAUAAGACUGCAACGAGCAUCGCGAUAUUUGCAAGUAGCUCCGCACUCGGCGUAUUCUUUGGUUCCGACGGUCCCCGCGGAGUGGCUUUGUAUCAUCUUGCCUGGUGCUUCUUGCAUACAGUGUCUUAUGAGGUUGACAGGCGGAAGGACAAGAGGCAAGAAAUGAGCAAUGGAACGCACAGAAAUGAAGCAUCGAGCGACGAGAAAGCACAGUCAGUCUUGUAGCGUCUGGUCUUGCGGCAACGUAUCACAGCGUAGCAGUUGUGAAGCUGAUUCUCUCAGUUCCUGCUCCCCUAGCGACGCGCUACUGAACGGGCAAGCAGAGCAGUUUCGUACAAGUAUUGAUCGUACGGCAACGAAUGGUGGGAUGGUGAAAGGUUCCUUCGACGGUAGCAAGCGAUUAUUCUCAAAACUUGUUUGUGACAUUGUGACUUCACCGAGGGUCGCACCUCGGCAAAGCCAUUGUCCUUUGCGGCUACAGUAUCAUCAUAUCAGCGACACUUUCCUUGACUUGGUCGCUCGUCUAAUGGCUUAUUUGAUCCGACUAACUACCCGAUUAAGGUGGUCAGUUAGUGAACGUGACCUCAUCCCACAGCUCCUCCGCGGAUCUGGUUUUCGAUGCGCGGAAGCAUUUUACCUGCUUGUGAGCAUUGUGCGUCCACUCUGAACGAGCAAAU